CGGGACCCGAAAUUACAGACAUUAGCAAUGAUGUGUGAAGUGAUGCCCACGAUUAAUGAGGACACCCCAAUGAGCCAAAGGGGUUCCCAAAGCAGUGGCUCGGACUCAGAUUCCCAUUUUGAGCAGCUGAUGGUGAAUAUGCUGGAUGAAAGGGAUCGUCUUCUAGACACCCUUCGGGAAACCCAAGAAAGCCUCUCACUUGCCCAGCAAAGACUGCAGGAUGUCAUCUAUGACAGAGAUUCGCUCCAGAGACAGCUCAAUUCAGCCCUGCCACAGGAUAUCGAAUCCCUAACAGGAGGGCUGACUGGUUCUAAGGGGGCUGAUCCACCGGAAUUUGCUGCUCUGACAAAAGAAUUAAAUGCUUGCAGGGAACAACUUUUAGAAAAGGAAGAAGAAAUUUCUGAACUUAAAGCUGAAAGAAACAACACAAGACUAUUACUGGAGCAUUUGGAGUGCCUUGUGUCACGACAUGAAAGGUCACUAAGAAUGACGGUGGUGAAGCGUCAAGCCCAGUCACCCUCGGGAGUGUCCAGCGAAGUUGAGGUUCUCAAGGCGCUGAAAUCUUUAUUUGAGCACCACAAGGCCUUGGAUGAAAAGGUAAGGGAGCGACUGAGGGUUUCUUUAGAAAGAGUCUCUGCACUGGAAGAAGAACUAGCUGCUGCUAAUCAGGAGAUUGUUGCCUUGCGUGAGCAAAAUGUUCAUAUACAAAGAAAAAUGGUAUCAAGUGAGGGAUCCACAGAAUCUGAACAUCUUGAAGGGAUGGAACCUGGCCAGAAAGUCCAUGAAAAGCGAUUGUCCAAUGGUUCUAUCGACUCAACUGAUGAAACAAGUCAAAUAGUCGAACUACAAGAAUUGCUUGAAAAACAAAACUAUGAAAUGGCCCAAAUGAAAGAACGUUUAGCAGCCCUUUCUUCCCGAGUGGGAGAGGUGGAACAGGAAGCUGAGACAGCAAGAAAGGAUCUCAUUAAAACAGAAGAAAUGAACACUAAGUAUCAAAGGGACAUUAGGGAGGCUAUGGCACAGAAGGAAGACAUGGAAGAACGAAUCACGACCCUUGAGAAACGUUACCUCAGUGCUCAGAGAGAAUCUACCUCCAUACAUGACAUGAAUGACAAACUAGAAAAUGAGCUAGCAAAUAAAGAGGCCAUCCUACGGCAGAUGGAAGAGAAGAAUAGACAGUUACAAGAGCGUCUUGAGCUGGCUGAGCAAAAGUUGCAGCAAACUAUGAGAAAAGCUGAGACCUUACCUGAAGUAGAGGCUGAACUGGCUCAGAGAAUUGCAGCCCUGACAAAGGCUGAAGAAAGACAUGGAAACAUUGAAGAACGGAUGAGGCAUCUCGAAGGUCAACUCGAAGAGAAAAAUCAAGAACUUCAAAGAGCUAGGCAAAGAGAGAAAAUGAAUGAGGAGCACAACAAAAGAUUAUCUGAUACUGUGGACAGACUUCUGACAGAAUCCAAUGAACGCUUACAGCUACAUUUAAAGGAACGGAUGGCUGCUCUAGAAGAGAAGAAUGUUUUAAUUCAAGAAUCAGAAACUUUCAGAAAGAAUCUGGAAGAAUCUUUACAUGAUAAGGAAAGGUUAGCAGAAGAAAUUGAAAAGCUGAGAUCCGAACUUGACCAGUUGAAAAUGAGAACUGGCUCUUUAAUUGAACCCACAAUAUCAAGAACUCACCUAGACACCUCAGCCGAGCUGCGGUAUUCUGUUGGAUCCCUAGUGGACAGCCAGUCUGAUUACAGAGCCACUAAAGUCAUAAGAAGACCAAGGAGAGGCCGCAUGGGUGCGAGGAGAGACGAGACCAAGGUGAAAUCUCUUGGAGAUCAUGAGUGGAAUAGAACUCAACAAAUUGGAGUGCUAAGCAGCCACCCUUUUGAAAGUGACACUGAGAUGUCUGACAUUGAUGAUGACGAUAGAGAAACAAUUUUCAGCUCAAUGGAUCUUCUCUCUCCAAGUGGCCAUUCUGAUGCCCAGACACUGGCCAUGAUGCUUCAGGAACAACUGGAUGCGAUCAACAAGGAAAUCAGACUAAUUCAAGAAGAAAAAGAAUCCACAGAGUUACGUGCUGAAGAAAUUGAGAACAGAGUGGCUAGUGUGAGUCUGGAAGGCCUGAAUUUAGCAAGGGUCCACCCAGGUACCUCCAUCACUGCCUCGGUCACAGCUUCUUCACUGGCCAGCUCGUCUCCCCCUAGUGGGCACUCAACACCAAAGCUCACACCUCGAAGUCCUGCCAGGGAAAUGGACCGGAUGGGAGUCAUGACACUGCCAAGUGAUCUAAGGAAACAUCGGAGAAAGAUUGCAGUGGUAGAAGAAGAUGGUCGGGAGGAUAAAGCAACCAUUAAAUGUGAAACUUCUCCUCCCCCUACCCCUAGAGCCAUCAGGAUGACUCACACCCUCCCUUCUUCCUACCAUAAUGAUGCCCGAAGCAGUUUAUCUGCCUCCCUUGAGCCCGAAAGCCUUGGGCUUGGCAGUGCCAACAGCAGCCAAGACUCUCUUCACAAAGCCCCCAAGAAGAAAGGAAUCAAGUCUUCAAUAGGACGUUUGUUUGGUAAAAAAGAAAAAGCUCGUCUUGGACAACUCCGAGGCUUUAUGGAGACUGAAGCUGCAGCUCAGGAGUCCCUGGGGUUAGGCAAACUGGGAACUCAAGCUGAGAAGGAUAGAAGGCUGAAGAAAAAGCACGAACUUCUAGAAGAAGCUCGGAGAAAGGGAUUACCAUUUGCCCAGUGGGAUGGGCCCACGGUAGUCGCAUGGCUAGAGCUCUGGUUGGGAAUGCCUGCUUGGUACGUGGCAGCCUGCAGAGCCAACGUGAAGAGCGGGGCCAUUAUGUCUGCUUUAUCGGACACUGAGAUCCAGAGAGAGAUUGGAAUCAGCAACCCUCUGCAUCGCUUGAAGCUCCGAUUAGCAAUCCAAGAGAUGGUUUCCCUAACCAGUCCUUCAGCUCCUCCGACAUCCAGAACUCCUUCAGGCAACGUUUGGGUGACCCAUGAAGAAAUGGAGAAUCUUGCAGCUCCAGCAAAAACGAAAGAAUCUGAGGAAGGAAGCUGGGCCCAGUGUCCGGUUUUCCUACAGACCCUGGCAUAUGGAGAUAUGAACCAUGAGUGGAUUGGAAACGAAUGGCUUCCCAGCCUGGGGCUACCUCAGUACAGAAGUUAUUUUAUGGAAUGCUUGGUAGAUGCAAGAAUGCUAGAUCACCUAACAAAAAAAGAUCUCCGCGUCCAUUUAAAAAUGGUGGACAGUUUUCAUCGAACAAGUUUACAAUAUGGAAUUAUGUGCUUAAAAAGGUUGAAUUAUGACAGAAAGGAACUAGAAAGAAGACGAGAAGCAAGCCAACAUGAAAUAAAAGAUGUGUUGGUGUGGAGCAAUGAUCGUGUUAUUCGCUGGAUACAAGCAAUUGGACUUCGAGAAUAUGCAAAUAAUAUUCUUGAAAGUGGUGUGCACGGCUCCCUUAUAGCCCUGGAUGAGAACUUUGACUACAGCAGCUUAGCUUUAUUACUACAGAUUCCAACACAGAACACCCAGGCAAGGCAGAUUCUCGAAAGGGAAUACAAUAACCUCCUGGCUCUGGGAACCGAACGGCGGCUGGAUGAAAGUGAGGACAAGAAUUUCAGGCGUGGGUCAACCUGGAGAAGGCAGUUUCCUCCCCGUGAAGUACAUGGAAUCAGCAUGAUGCCCGGGUCCUCAGAAACACUGCCGGCUGGAUUCAGGUUAACUACGACGUCUGGGCAGUCGAGGAAAAUGGCAACGGAUGAUGUCGUCUUUUCAGUCUACUCUACCUAA